CCAACUGAACUCCAAAGUCAGAGUCAAGGUUGCUUCAUUUCCAAUCUCAUCCGAUUAAAUUAAAGCACAUCUUAUCUGUCUCUCUUGUUUUUGGUGAAGAAAGAUUUUGAAAAAUAUUAGUUUUUUUCCACGCCAAUUUAAAAGACAUCAAAAAUGGCACUCCCACUUCUUUCCGAGGAUCCCGUGUACACCAAAUUAGUCGCCUUGUAUCAAGAUGCCGGUUCCAAGUUGGAUAUGCGUGAAUUGUUCCAGCAAGAUCCGGAACGGUUCAAGAAAUUUAGUGUUGAAUUGGACCACCUUCCCUGUCCCGAUGAUGGUGGACCAUUCCUUCUCGACUACUCCAAGAAUAUCGUCACUCCGGAAAUAUUCCAGCUUCUUUUGGACCUCGCAAAAUCCCGGAAACUGGAAGAUAAGCGAAACUCGAUGUACUCGGCAGGAAAAAUUAACACGACGGAAAAUCGAGCCGUGUUGCAUAUCGCACUCCGAGCGAGAAGUGACGAUCCACCCAUCACCCUCGAGGGGAAAAAUGUCAUCGACGACGUGACCAAGGUUCUCAACCAGAUGGAAAAGUUUUGCAAUGAUGUGAUCAACGGGGUGUGGACGGGCUACACGGGGAAAAAGUUGACAGACGUGGUCAAUAUCGGAAUCGGAGGAUCUGAUCUGGGUCCUUGCAUGGUGAGCGAAGCCCUUACUCAAUACCAAGUCGGUCCCAAGGCCCAUUUCGUCUCAAAUGUGGAUGAAUCCCACUUGACGGAUGUUCUCAAAUCGGUCAAUCCGGAAACCACGUUGUUUAUCAUUGCUUCAAAGACUUUCACGACACAGGAAACCAUUGCGAAUGCGCAAUCUGCAAGGAAAUGGUUUCUUGAAAAGGUUAAAGACGAUUCCGCCAUUGCCAAACAUUUCGUCGCCCUUUCUACAAAUCUCCCCAAAGUGCAAGAGUUCGGAAUCACGACCACUUUUGAAUUUUGGGAUUACGUGGGUGGAAGGUACUCCUUGUGGUCGGCUAUCGGACUCUCGGUCGCGUUGCAGAGUGGAUUCGCAAACUUUAGAAAAUUAUUGGAUGGUGCUCGAUUCUUGGAUCAGCACUUUAAAAAUGCUCCACUGGAGAAAAAUGUUCCCGUAAUCCUGGCGCUUCUUGGCGUCUGGUACAACUCCGUGAUUGGCUGGGAGUCUCACGCAGUCCUUCCAUACGACCAGUUUCUCUCUAAACUUCCGGCCUAUCUGCAACAAGCGGAUAUGGAGUCGAAUGGAAAGUCAGCCACACUUUCCGGCAAGAGGAUCACUUCCUUCAAUACGGGGCCCGUCCUUUGGGGUCAAGCAGGAACUAAUGGACAGCACGCGUUCUAUCAAUUAUUGCAUCAAGGGACACGAAUUGUUCCGUCGGACUUUAUUGGAUUCGCCAAAAAGAAAGAAGACAUUUCUGGCAUUUCUCACCACUCAAUCCUCCUCGCUAAUCUUAUCGCACAACCGGAAGCUUUAAUGGUGGGAAGGACACAACCUUCCGCCUCAAUUCCGGAAGAGCUGCGUCCCCACAAAUUCUUCCCAGGGAAUCGCCCAACGAACGUUAUCAUGACCAAGAAACUCACCCCGUUCACGCUCGGUCUUCUCAUCGCCAUGUAUGAACACAAGAUUUUUGUCCAAGGUGCUAUUUGGGACGUUAACUCGUAUGAUCAAUGGGGAGUCGAACUUGGCAAAGAGUUGGCCAAAGCGAUCGAACCAGAAUUGGCUGGUCAGGCGACAGGAAAUCAUGACAGCUCGACGCAAGGAAUUAUCAACUUUAUUCUCAAGAAUGGAAAGUAAACUGCUCUCGUCCAAAUGAGUCAAGCAACGCCAAACCUUAAUUACCAAACACCUUAGAAUUAUCACUAAAUUUUUCAUAAAUACUCUAAAAUUAGAAACUUUCCAAAUGACUAGCAUAUCCAUAAACUAUUUAGUCGAAAGUUACUCCCCGAUUUGUAAAACCAAUCUCUAUCUACGAACUUCUAUGUUACAUACAUACAUCGAAUGAUUAUAUAUAUGUAAUACAUCGUAAAUUCCAUUAGACAUUAGCAUUUAUUAAGGCAUGUCUUCCAAGGUGUCAAAUACUAUUCUUAUAGUCGUAUCUUGUCUCGUAUGGCACGUGUUUAGUUUAGUCGUAAAAAUGUAGCACUAUAUUUAAGUAUGAUCAGAGAGAAUAAUUCACAUGAUUUAUCAGUGGUGCUCAAUCAACCAAAAAGUAAUAAAUUCAAGCUAAAUCCAAAAUUAA